CAGUGAAGAGUUGCUCAACACCGGCCAGUGGUCAGUGCUCGCUCCAUUUGCUGGCCCCUCCUUUCCCUGUAGACUCCCACGCCACCCCUCUCUCUCUCUCUCUCUCUGGUCUACUGAACAGUAGUAGACAUGUCCCUGCUGUUGAACUCUAGCUUCACCGGUGCUUCCUCUGCAUGCCUCCUCCAACGGGAAAGGUCCCGCCGCCGCCGCCUCCACGUCCCUGGCGUGACAUGCCGCCAGGGCAGUAAUGGUGACCGCAGCGAUGCCGCCCGCCAGCAGCAGUCGCCGCUGCUGCUGGAUCGGCGCGACAUGCUGUUGGGUUUAGGAGGGCUUUACGGCGUGACCGCAGGACCCAAGGUUCUGGCGGCGCCGAUAAUGCCGCCGGAUCUGUCCAAGUGCUACCCUGCCACCGCACCUGCCCUCGACAACAAAUGCUGCCCGCCUUACGUCCCCGGCGAGACGAUCUCGGAGUACAGCUUCCCUGCUACGCCCCUCCGGGUGCGGCGGCCGGCCCAUAUCGUGAAGGACGAUCAGGAGUAUAUGGACAAGUACAAGGAGGCAGUGAGGAGGAUGAAGAAUCUGCCGGCAGACCACCCUUGGAACUACUACCAGCAGGCGAACAUCCACUGCCAGUAUUGCAACUACGCCUACCACCAGCAAAAUGCCGACGACGUGCCCAUCCAGGUCCACUUCAGCUGGAUCUUCCUCCCAUGGCACCGCUACUACCUCCACUUCUACGAAAGGAUCCUCGGCAAGCUCAUCGACGACGACACCUUCACCAUCCCCUUCUGGAACUGGGACACCAAGGACGGCAUGACGUUCCCCGCCAUCUUCCAGGAUGCGGCAUCCCCGCUGUACGACCCGAAACGCGACCAACGCCACGUCAAGGACGGCAAGAUCCUCGACCUCAAGUACGCCAUCACCGAAAAUGAAAGCACUGCAUCCGACAGCGAGAUCAUACGGGAGAACCUCUGCUUCAUACAGAAGACGUUCAAGCACAGCCUGUCGCUGGCGGAGCUGUUCAUGGGGGAUCCCGUGCGCGCGGGGGAGAAGGAGAUCCAGGAGGCUAACGGGCAGCUGGAAGUCAUCCACAAUGCGGUGCACAGUUGGGUCGGAGAGCCGAGCGGAAACUAUGAAGACAUGGGCGACUUCUCCACCGCCGCCCGCGAUUCUGUUUUCUUCUGCCACCAUUGCAAUGUCGACCGCAUGUGGGACAUCUACCGCAACCUCCGCGGCAACCGCGUCGAGUUCGAAGACAACGACUGGUUGGACAGCACCUUCCUCUUCCACGACGAGAACGAGCAGCUCGUCAAAGUCAAGAUGAGGGACUGCCUCAACCCGACCAAGCUUCGGUACACGUUCGAGCAAGUUCCCCUCCCAUGGCUGGGCAAAAUCAAUUGCCAGAAGACGGCAGAGACGAAGUCCAAGGCCACGACGGAGCUGUCGCUGAAUCGCGUGAACGAAUUCGGAACGACGGCCCAGGCACUCGACGCGAGCAACCCGCUGCGGGUGAUCGUGGCAAGGCCGAAGAAGAACCGCAAGAAGAAGGAGAAGCAAGAGAAGGUGGAGGUGAUUCAGAUCAAGGAUAUUAAGGUGACCACCAACGAGACAGCUCGCUUCGACGUCUACGUCGCGGUCCCUUACGGUGACCUC